AGGCCUACCAACGCCGGAGAGCGGCCAGCGCCGCCGUGCCAGGAAGAUGGCGGUCCUGGCACCAUUGAUUGCUCUGGUGUAUUCAGUGCCGCGCCUUUCACGAUGGCUGGCCCGACCUUACUACCUUCUGUCAGCCCUGCUCUCUGCUGCCUUCCUACUCGUGAGGAAGCUGCCCCCGGUCUGUCUCACUCUCCCCACGCAACGCGAAGACGGCAACCCGUGUGACUUUGACUGGAGAGAAGUAGAGAUCCUGAUGUUUCUCAGUGCCAUCGUGAUGAUGAAGAACCGUAGGUCCAUCACUGUGGAGCAACAUAUAGGCAACAUCUUCAUGUUCAGUAAAGUGGCCAAUGCAAUUCUUUUCUUCCGCCUGGAUAUUCGCAUGGGCCUGCUUUACAUCAUACUCUGCAUAGUGUUCCUGAUGACAUGCAAACCUCCCCUGUACAUGGGCCCUGAGUACAUCAAGUACUUCAAUGACAAAACCAUUGAUGAAGAGCUGGAGCGAGACAAGAGGGUCACUUGGAUUGUGGAGUUCUUUGCCAAUUGGUCUAAUGAUUGCCAAUCAUUUGCUCCAAUCUAUGCUGACCUCUCCCUGAAGUACAACUGUACAGGGCUAAAUUUUGGGAAGGUGGACAUUGGACGCUACACUGAUGUUAGUACACGGUACAAAGUGAGCACAUCCCCCCUCACCAAGCAGCUUCCUACCCUGAUCCUGUUUCAAGGUGGCAAGGAAGUCAUGCGGCGGCCACAGAUUGACAAGAAAGGACGAGCUGUCUCUUGGACUUUCUCUGAGGAGAAUGUGAUCCGAGAAUUCAGCUUGAAUGAACUGUAUCAAAGGGCCAAGAAGCAAUGGAAGGCUGGAGAUAAUAUCCCUGAAGAGCAGUUUGUGGCCCCAACACCCACAGCAGUGCCAGAUGGGGAAAGCAAGAAGAACAAAUAGGUCCUCUGCUUUGUUAGUGCUUCCUCUCUGUCAAUCCCAGACACCUUUGAAGCUCGGCCUCAUCUGUAACUACAGCCUUUCUGGAACCUCGCCUUUUAUUUAUGUUAUCCUUGUUUGGCUGUGCCUGGGUGGGGCAGGGUGCUGCUUCUGAUUUUAAAGAAGCAUCCAGAGAAUCGACAGGCACACUCCAGGAAGACCACUCCUGUGGCCAACUAUUUCACUGGAGGAAGGGAGAGAUCUCCUGUAAUGGAGG